AUGCAAGAAAGGGGCUAUCGCGUUUCGUUCGCGACUCAGGACUCUGGCCGCGACUGGGCGUACGCUUACGGUCUUCCUUUUGUGUCCGCCGGGACGUUUCCGUUAUCGGAUGAAGACCUUCGGGCCAAACUUCGUGCCAUGACGCGCGACGCCUCGAAUUUUCGAGGCAUUUUGACCAUGUUUAACGACAUUUACGUGCGUGCGGCAAAGCCCAUGUUCGACGCGCUCCUGUUUCAGUUUGAAGUCAAUGGAAGCAACAACAAGGCACCGGACUUGCUCGUCGUGGACAUUGCGACUGUCGGAGUGCAAGCUCUGGCCGAGAAGCUGGACGUCCCGUACAUCUUGAACUCGCCGUCGCUACUCUUUGAUCUCGGCGAAGCGCCGAGCUAUGUGCCUGCGUGGGGCACGGGGUUUAGCAUCAACAUGUCGCUGUGGAAUAGGUGUAUGAACAUUUUGUUCCCGAGGCUGUUGUCCGUUGCAUUGACCCCGCCGUUCAUGGAGCUGAACAAAGUGCGCUAUGAAGUGGACUUGCCACCGUUUCGAUCCCAGCAUGACUUGUUUAAAGGUGCACGCGUGAUCCUCAAUACUGCAUUCGGGCUUGAACAUCCGCAGAUUCUUUCGCCACUUGUGGAUGCUGUAGGGCCCAUCCUGCCGGUGCCAGGGGGAUAUGCCAACAGGCUGGAACGUCAGAUGCUUCCACCAACGCUACUGAGCUGGCUUGAUGCGUCGAUUGAGUCUAGCACGCUGAUGCGAUUACGCCGGCGAGAAGCUUACGUGCGUCCUCCUCCGACUACGUCAUCUGACGAUAACGAGGCCCAAGCGGGUCCUAGUGGCGUAGUGUAUAUAAAUCUCGGCACUAUGGCGUACAUCGACGCAUGGCAAGCUCAAGCUCUCGUAGACGGACUACGAAUUGGACCCAAUAACGUGCCCAUGAACGUGCUUUGGAUUCUUCCUACCGACCAGCGCGACAUCUUGCCGUCUGUGUUACCGACGUCAUGGGUUGUUGAAUCUUCAAGUUUAUUUCUGUCAAACCUAGAGAUCUUGGAUCACCCAGCUGUGCGCUUAGUUGUUUCGCAUUGUGGCAUGGUAUCAGCUCAAGAAGUGCUAGUGAUGAAGAAGCCACUGCUAUGUAUUCCGUUCCUUGUGGAUCAGCCAGAUGUUGCGGCACGCGUUGUCGACGCCGGGGCAGGAUUGUCGCUGGAUAAGAAUCUCCUUUCGGGUCCGUACGUUCAAGCUGCAGCCACGGAACUGCUGGAGAAUGUCUCGUAUACGCGGGCCGCACAACGGGUUGGUUCGUUGUUGGAACGAGCUGGUGGUACUUCUCGUGCGAUCGAUAUGAUUGAUGCCGCGCUACGACUAGGAUGUGAUCAUCUUGCAACACUGAACUUGACAGCGCCUUGGCACAAAACGGCUUUGCUGGAUGUCUGGGCAAUUUACGCUGCGCUCAUUUGUUUGCUGGCCGUGUUUGUGCGCGUUCAGUGGCUCCUAUUCUACUCAUUGGUGUCAGAGAGCUUUGGGCUUUUGCGUAACGUGGUGUUUGGAGUACCAUUACCACUAUCAUCACCCUCAUCGACUACUGAAGAGCACGAUGAGAAGUACGAAGACGGCGACGAGACCGAAAGGUUCAGUGGUAGCAGUGACGUGUCGCAGCGCGACAGUUGA